AUGGACCCCCACAUGGACUUUUGGAAAUGUCGACUUUCCUGCUUCCUGCUCUUUGCUUGGUCUUUUUACUGUGGGCUGUGUGUGGAGGUGACUGUGCCACGCGAUCCUGUAAUGCAGCAGAAAGGUUCACAUGUGGAACUUCCUUGUCACUAUAAAACAUCUGUUGGCAAAGACUUUGUUUUGGAAUGGAGGUUUGCCGGUGGUUCAAAGGCCCCUGAUGCUGGAACACAGAUUCUGUAUUUUGCAAAUAAUAUGCUCUACAAACCAAGCGGGCAGGCUGACCGGCUAAGCCUCCUUCAUGAAAUUCCCACGCUGGGAGAUGCUUCCAUCCGGCUGAACAACAUUCGUGCAUCGGACGCUGGCACUUACAUCUGCGAAGUGAAUAACCCGCCAGAUUUUGAUGGCACUGGCACUGGGCUUGUGCAUCUCGUCGUUUUAAUGCCACCAUCCACACCGGUCUGUAAAGGGUCUACCUCUUCACCUAUUGGAUCAGAUGUCACCUUUUCCUGCAGUUCUUCUGAAGGUGUGCCUACCCCGAUUUAUUCUUGGACUCUGCUGGAUUCUAAACAGCCACUUCCAAUUUCCCACAUGGUGCAAAACCAAGAAAAGGGAACUCUCGUAUUGACCAACCUCACACUUCAGUUGUCCGGUACCUACCGCUGCACUGCCACCAAUGAGUUUGGACACCAGAGUUGCCAAAUCUCCCUCCAUGUGACAGGCAUUUCAAAAGCUGGGGCAGUUGCAGGUGCCCUUAUUGGGGCCAUCUUAGCCCUAUUCCUGCUUGGAGCCAUUGUCCUCUACGUCUUGCGCUACAAGAGAAAUAAGAUGGCUAAGAGGAAGCCUCAGUCUGAGUACAGUGGAAAUGAAAUAAGACAGGAUGUGGUGGUAGCACCUGUGAAGAACUUGGAUAUCAGCAGAUCAGUAGGAAGUAUGGAGAAUGCUGCAUAG